AUGCCUCCCCAUUCCUAUGAUGAUGAGAAGGAUGACGUGGUACUCGAUCCCAAGUCACUUGCUGGGAUCUUGGAUUCGUCUGACUACAUCAGAGCUCGCCUGCGGUUCAAGGAGGAGGGGAGGCUUCUUCGGUGGCCAAAGGGCAAAGAUGGGCAGGUGCUAGUGGGAAGCAUUACUAUGGUUUCCGUUGCCCACAACGUGAAGGCACUCACCUUGUUGGCUAAGUAUUGGUGCCCACAAGCCAAACUCAAAAAGAAUGUCAUUGAAGGACCUGACAUUGAGCUUGUGAGAAAGGAGGUGUUCCAAUUGAAGUCUGCAGCAAAGUUUCCCUUGAACCCGGCAUUGCUACAAGUAGAUUCGUGGGGGCUGAAAAAGCUUUUCUCAUAUGCGGGUCGCAAAGCCGGUUUCUGGAAGAACGGGAAGAGCCCUAAGCGACGGGAUCCAGUGGUGGAGGAAUUCUACUCAGAGCUUUUUAAGCACUGGCGUUUGAAGAAGGGAGUGAACAUUCCCUGCGUAGAGAUUGACGAUGACAAGGAUGAUCCCAAUUUUGAUCUUGAUGCCUUGUUCGAGGUGAAGGCUGAGCCAGGGGAAGAGUUAUCAGAUGACGACAGUGAUGUGGAACUCACAGACCAGCAGGACCCCUACAUGGCUGUGAUGGAUUUGACCGAGAACCAGGGAGACAAGACCGACGAAGACAACAAGAACGCAGUUGAUCCACCUGCAGGACAAGCAGUUGAAGCAACCCAGAGAAAAGACCAACAAAGUGAAAGUGGGGAUGCUGUUUCAGUGGGGGUUCCCAAAGGUGAGGUUGCUGCAGAUCCCCAAGAACCUUCAUCUGUGAAAAGUGUCCCUGAAUCUGUUCGUCCCAGCACCACAUGCCCUGCACCAUCAGCUAUCCCAGAGAAGAAGCAGAAUGCAGCUCUUGAUGAAAGAAUUGCCCGCUUGAAGUUACUGUUUGAACUGGCUCAGCGCCGUGCAGCCAAAGCUGGCCACAUCGACACCGUGGACACUCAACCUUUUGAGGCGACCCUGGCAGCAGAACGCUUUGAGCAAGGUUCCCCUCCAGUUGUCAGCAGUCAGGUGGCACCACCUGAGGAGCAACCUGAUCGGGUGUGUAGGUCUUUGGCACGUGAUUUUAGCAAUGCUAACCUUGGCAAACCCGAUGACAACACAGGUCGUCCUCAGGUGAGCUUGGUUGAUACACCUGGUGAAGAGCUUCACACAGCAUCUGGCAAUGGCCAAGGCAACGCGGCAACUCAGGACACUUCCGCCACUCCUUUGCAUCACCCCGAAGCAUCAGCCCCAAAGGGUUUGGAUGAGGCAUUGGGAGGAGGUUCAGGGAAGCAAGAGGUUCAGGAAUCAAAGAAGGAUGUGAAGGAUGAGAAGGAGGUGGAGGAACGACAGCAGGAUGUGAAGGAUGAGAAAGAGGUGGAGGAAUCAAAGGAGGAUAUGAAGGAUGAGAAAGAGGUGGAGGAACGAAAGAAGGUCAUGAAGGAUGAGAAAGAGGUGGGGGAAUCAAAGAAGGAUGUGAAGGAUGAGGAGGUGGAGGAACCAAAGGAAGAUGUGAAGGAUGAGAAAGAGGUGGAGGAACGAAAGAAUGUCGUGAAGGAUGAGAAAGAGGUGGGGGAAUCAAAGGAGGAUGUGAGGGAUGUAGUAGGUGAAGCAGCUUUGGAGAGGAAGGAGCGAAGGGCGCAUGAAGAUGAGGUGGAAAAUGAUCAGGAACAGGCGGAGGAACACACAGUGACACACGAUGAGUCUCUUGAGCAAGGCACAGCAACCCUCGAACCCCGACAGCACCCUAGUGAAAAUACUGGGCAAGUUGAUGACAGUCAGCAUGUUCUUGAACCUGUGUCGAAAAAGGCCAAGACCAAGAAGUGUGACACUGCACCCCCGGUAGUGCUAGAGGUUGAGGAAACCCAAGUUGAGACCAUUGAGGAUGACAACCCCCCUGCCGAGACACUCGAGGCAAAAGCAGCAGCGAAACGAAAGUGCAAGAAAGGUUCCGCACCAGUGGAGGUUGUUGCAUCAGAUGAUGAAGGCAAUGCUGCACCUGAGGCAGAGGAGACAGAAGUGGCAUCACAGCAGGCUUCGUCCAAGAAGAAGGUUCGCAGCAGGGCUGUUAGAAAGGCCACGGGCAAGGCAAAGUCAAAAGCAAACGCCGCUGCAUCGGCUGCAAGCACUGAAGACACAGCAAACAAACGCAAGGAGCAGGACAAUGUCAAGUAUGAGGUUGUCAACCAAGAAGGGAAGACUGACAUUAAUUCUGCCUUUGGGUGGGAGGAGGAGGAGCAGGAGCAGGAUCACCAGCAAGGAGAAUCAAGUGCCAGCAGCAAUUUGGACACAGAGGAAAGCAGCACAGCCCCAUCUCAGCAGCAGCCAGCCCCAGAGGAGCAUGAGGAGCCUGAGGAUCCGAAGGAGCCCAAGCUGCCAUCCUUUGCCCGUCGACCCGUGGAGUGGUGGGAGUGGUGCAUGAAGGCCUUUGGCCAGGAUCAGUCGCUGGAGGAAAAGACGCAGUUCACGGAGGCUGCAUUCAAACAAAUCCAGCCCUUCCUGAAGGAUACCUGCUUAGAGCUGACGUCUAUGCCGUAUGGAUUACCACGAGGAUCCUUGAACCUGGCCAAAUUUGGAGUGGGCCCGCGAUCCGUUCGAGGUGACCAGGGCUCGUUGAUUGUGUUGCAAGCGGAGAAGCAGAAGCUCCAAGAAGGUGAACAGCGUCCUGUGCCGACACCAGUUCGUGCUUUGGGUGAAGCGGGGCCGGAGGAUGAGACGGUUCCUGCAGACUUAGAUUCAUUCGAAGUCCUGCAGCUUUCGCUGGAUCCAUACAUGGGGCAGUUGGUGGAAGAACCUUUGGAGGCUGGUGUUAAUGGCUCGUAUGAGUUGGACCUCAUGGCUGCCUUGAAGGGUUUGGUAGAGGAUGUGCCCAAGGCUGAAGAUCAACAGGGUGGUGACUCUGCACCGGCUCCCAGCCCUGCUUCCGGUGGAGACAACAAUGAUGUGAAGGUACUUCGCCGAUUGUUUACACCGCGUAAAGAUGGAAGCUACUUAGUCCCCAUGGAAUUUGUCGAGAAAUUCAAAGAUAUCGCUGGUGGUGGCAGGGCAGAGGUUUUGCGCUUAUACAAAGACAAGUGCAAUGGAAAUAAGGAUUCCUUCAUCCACACCUGUCGCAAGAAGGUGGAGCGAAUCAAGGAAGACGACCUCUGGGCUGAUGGAGAGUUCAUGACCGAGCAAGAUAUGAUUGAUGACAACUACCGACAGGAUCCUGUUUGCACUCUCAGCGGGACCCGCAUCCAAGCCAUCAUAGCGGAGUGCAGGAAGCACAAGGGUUGGGUCCGGAGAGACAAAUAUGAGAAGAACGUUGAAUGCUUCUGGGUUGAGACCAAGGUUGGCGGCCGAAAGCUGAAAAGAAGGCGGGAAACCAUUUGUGAGGAUGACAGCAUGUCGGAGGACGAAGCUGGGAAGUUCAAGAAGGAGUUUGAUGAUAAUGCCAUGUUGGCCAAGCGAGCUGCUGAUAUCGAUUCUGCCCUAUGCAAGGUUGAGACGGAAAUCACCCGUGUGAACACCAAGGGAAUCAUCGACAGUUUCUCCAGUGAGUUGCUUGGCUUCUUUGGCAAUCCCAACCUGGCCCACCCCCAGUAUAAAUAA